GACAACCGCUCUCACUUUGGUACGGUGAAGUUUGUUGUUGGGUUUGAGUCAGUGAAGCCGCUUUUGUCGACCGAAAUGGAACCACUGCCAGCUUCAUUUUACGGGGACAUGUGUAAAAGAAACCCAGUAAUAUCAGCGUUUGAUGGAGACAUAAGAACGUUUAUGUCAUUUAUGAAACGAAUUAGUACUUUGCCAACCUACGACCACAACUCCUACGCAAGAGGUGCCAAAACUCUGUUUGAAAUAUGGAACAAGUACAAACCUCUACUACCAACCAACUACUAUGAAGAACACAUGCUGCAAAUGGCAGAUUUUCUUUUUGGCAUCAAGUUAUACAGGCUGGGUCUAUGGCAGGGCUACUGUCGCUACCUGCAGCAGUUCAGCACUGUGACCAUAGAGGACAUUAGGGAUGUUGACCACUUCAAGACCUCCUUCUUCCCCAAGGGGUUCGACACAGACCAAGCCAAGCUGACGUUCCGGGCUCUGCAGGGCUGCUGCCUAUGUGCCUUCCAGCUGGAGAGGGAAAGAGGGAGCCAGCCCACCCAGAAGGGGGUCCAGAGACUCCUCAGCAUCCUGGGGUUUGUCAGGAUCAUGAUGCAGGCCGUGCUUCCCCACGAACAUCUCUGCUGGCUUCUUUACAAUGGUUCACUCUAUAUCUACAACAUCUGUAGAUACCUGAUGUCCAUGAGCCGCGCUGCACAGGCUAUGGAGUUCCUUCUGUGGGCCUGUAUCUGUCUGGAGACCUCCAUCCCCCUGAUGACUGCCAGGUUCCUGGCCUGGAGGGCAACUCUGUACUGUGCUGUGUGCCAGUGUUACUAUGACAGCCAAGCCAAUGUUCAGGCAGAGGUGUUUGCACGACGAGCCCUGGGUAAAGUCAGUGAGCUGGGCAAGCUGGAAGAGAUGAGUGGUCUACCUGCCACCACUGAGACUCAGAGAGCAUACAAAGUGGCCACCAUUAAGCUAGCUACCAUGGUGUUUAAACGGUCGGUGUAUGAACCCAGGAGGAAACCUAAAGGCCUCUUCAGACACAAGCAGAAGAGUAACCUCAAGGAGAUUCAGAGCAUGCCGUGGCCUCGAACCCCUACAGAGCGAGUGUUGAUGGAGCUGUUUGAGGGGAACGCUGCCCAGUUCCUGGCAAUAGUGGAAGCGCUGUGGGACACCUCCCGUCGCCCACUUCAGACAGGCAUGCCCGAGGAGCCAGAGAUACAGGAGGUCUCCCUGGAACUCAUGUCUGCAGGCAUCAGUAUACUGUCUGGAAUUGGAGGGUCCACUGAGCGAGCCAGGGAUGACAGUAUCCCCACCUGUUUAAAUGCAGUGACAGCCAACUUUACUCUGAUGGACAUGGCGGCUGCUGGGGAGAACAAGGUGUCUUUGGAUGCAGCGGUGAAGUUUGUCAAGCUGCUGUUUCGAUAUGAGCAGUGGGACAUGUUCUGUAUCCUCUCUGACACACUGCAGCACACCGUACUGCCUAGAAUGGAGGGGAGGUCUUUUAGGAAGUCAGAGCUGGAGCUGAGGUUGCUGGACUCCAUGGAGCGCCUCAUGUCUACACAGAAGAUCAGACUCAACACCAAGGACGACACUGUGUCUGAGAAGGACAGGCAUCUGGGAGUGGUUAUGAGUGAGGAGUUCGUUGGUCUGGUGCAGGCCUUAUACAGCUGUGUCUGUGGUUCAGCUCAGGACGUGCAACCUGACAGAGACCUGGUGAUGGACAUAGUGCUGUACCUCUGGUCUAAAUGUAAGAUCAUUUUCCAGAGAGUCCAGGUUCGACACUGGGACCCUAUACACUUCCUGGGCAAGAUGGAGAACCUGGACAAGUGGGUGUGGACCCUGUCUGUGCUCAGUGAGGUGGCUCAUGUGUGUGAGCUGGCUGACUCAGAUCCCAUGGUGUUAGCUGAGAUGACCAUCAGGCUGGCCAUGGUGCUGGAGAGCACUGCUGACUCCACUGUCCAUUCAGGCAGGAAGACAGCCUCAAGCGAAGACGACAGCUUGGAGUCGACACCCACAGAGAAAAACACAGAGACUUUUUCAAUGUUCAAGAAGUCGACAGUGGAGCAGCUGCAGUCCGUGUGGAACGUGGUAGAGAGAGGUCUGGAGGGAGUGAUCAGAGGCUGGACCAGACUACUGCCCUGUGAUGGAUCAGCCAUCUCCGACAUGGUCUUCAUGCAGAAGUUUGCUGGGCCGGCCAUGCAUUCCCCUGCAGAAGGAGGAGAGGGAGAGAGGGUGAAGAGUCCCUCCCUGUCUCUCUCUCUCUCUCUGGUCCCCAUGGACCUGCAUCUGGAACUGCUGUCUGUCCAACACAGAGUCUCCCUCAAGCUGCUCAACACCUGCCCAGCUGAGCUGCAGCAGCAUGCUGGUGACAGUAGGAGAUCUAUGAGGCCCCCUGGUGGUGUGGACAUACCUGAGACCAUGGCUAACAGAGCCAGAGGAGAGUCGGUGCUUCUGGAGCGGAUCAGAAAGAAUACGAUCUCCAUAGCUCUGUUCCUGGUCCAGAAGGCUCUGCUGUCCCACAGGAAGGAUCAGAACAGCAGCGCCACCAAGAGACUGCUAGAGGAGGCUGUUGUCUUGAUAGAGAAGGCAGAGGUGGAGGAGAGGAAGCUGUUCAGCUCCUCUGGUCCGUCAGAGAGGAAGGAGAGAGGAGGAGAGGAGGAGCGAAACACUAGACCUCCUCCUUCCCCUAUCCUCCUGUCCCGUACCUACCACUCCAUGACCUUCACCCCUGCACCCUAUGCCCUGGAGGAACAGGUGUGCUGGUACCAUAUCUAUGGACGUGAGGCUGAGGGAAUCAACCUGAAAGUCAGACUAGGAGACAGCAACCUGGUGGGCACUGGAGACGAGGUUCCUGCAUCAGGGGAGCGACUGCUACGAGUUGACUGCUUGGAGCCGAACCAGAAGUAUGUGUUUGCUGUAGCAGCCUACAACGCCGGGGGUAAACUGGUGGGCAAUGCCAUUGGAGAGACAACCAGGCCUCUGCUAGCCUCCUUGCCUCUGCCACUGCUCACCACCUGGGCACACCUGGCACAGGCAGCGUACCAGACAGGGCAACACGCUCUAGCCAAGAGAGCCUGCAGUGAACUGUGGAGCCACUUCAACCAGCCUAAAGGUCUUCAAGAGCCAGGGGCCACUUUAGAGGGGCUAGCUCAGACCAAGCUACGUUUGGAGACUCUGCAGCGCUCCUCUCCUCUCCUCCUCCACCUCUUCCUCUCCUCCAUCCUGAUGCAGACUGAGAUCCACAUCCAGGAGGGUGCGCUGUUCUGUGACACCCUCAGUGACGGGGGACCACUCAUUUGGGGACAGGAGGCCAGGUUGGCAGAGUGUGAGCGGAUGCUGGUGGCCAUAGACCUGGCUCUCUGGCUGAAUGACAGCAGCGCUGCCCUGCAGGCUGUGGUGGGGUGUUAUGGCCUGCUGGCCCCGCUCAUGUUUCACCAAAUCCCAGCAGAGACUGUUGUACAGGUGCUGAUGAAGUGCCUGGCGGUGCUGACAGAGAUCUCAGGAGUUGUCAAACAAAAACGCUCAGCCACCACCUCAGAGUCUCUCCUGCACAUGAUAGCCUGUAUAACAUAUUAUGUUGCCAAGGCCCUUCGCACCCUGGAGAAGCACCGUUUGGCAGCAACAGUGAUUGAACAGGGAAAGAAAGUCCUCCGUGAUAUCCUGGAGACCGUGCAGGGACCCAGUAAGCCCCUUCCAGUGGAGCCAGACGGGGUAUCGGUGGCCCAUGCUCAUGAACUGACUGGACAGGAGGACCCCAUUCUGCUGUACCCCAUCGUCACCAACAGCCCUCUGAAGGCUGCUUUCAAAGAUUUGAUGAAGUUCAAGCGCAAGGCGUGCUUCAUGGAGUUUGCUGUGCUGCUGCUCCAGAGGACCAUGCAGGCAGACCAUCUAGAGCUGGUCCUGCAGUGGGGACACGACAUAUUUGGCUGGCUUAGCAGGAGGGAUGAGGGACUGAUAGGGCCUAAGAAGGGCCCAGGGGACAGAUCAACCUCAGGGAAAGAACUGAAGAAGUACUCCUCCUCCAUCAUGGAGUACAAGAAGAAUAAAGCUAGUACAUUCUGGAGUGACAAGAAGAGGAAAGAGCUUCUCCAGAAGAAACAACUGACUGCUCUGAAAGCACAGAACACAGAGAGGGAGUGUAAGGCGGUGGACACCAUGCUGAACCAGCUAGCCCCCCUGGUGCGCCGUCACCAGCGUCGGAGGCGUCUGAGACAGGUGUGUUCUGAGGAGUGGUUGUGGAGGUGUCACCUCAACCUUAGCAUCGCCAGGGCUCACCUGGGACUACUGAGAAGGAGCCUGGAGAACCACCAGGGCCUUGGGGCCCAACAACACAGCUACAGCCAGCUGCCUCCGUCGUUGUUCUCCCUGGCCCACUCUGGUACUCUGGUGAGGUGGAGGAACAUGCAUCAGCACAUCGGAGUCCCUGACCUGAUCCCCCCGCCCCCCAAAGCCACGCCCCAGCCCUGUCUCAGAGCCAUCCUCCACAAGGCCAAGGAGAGCGGACAGGCUGCCACCACCACCAGUGGAGAGGACUUCAGCACGACAGAGAGCAGUGAGCAGGACAGUGAGCAGGACUCUCCCCGUACCCAGCCGGCUGUGGACUCGGACUAUAGUGAGCCCUCAGUGAUGACCACCUCCCCGACCAGACGCACUUCCACUCAGCUGCUGGAGUCACUCAACAAGGCUGCCCUGCACCUCCGCAGAGCCAUGGUACCUGAUAUACACACACAAACAGACACGGAUGCAUAUACACACGAACACACACACACAUACAACCAGGCAACAAAAAUGAAAUAA